GGUCUUUCUUCUCCUCUCUAUAUAAAUUGCAUGGCCUGCGUAACUAGAGUUCACAGCAUGGCUCAUCACUGAGGGGUAGAGACAGAAGUAGGACAUCUCGUGUUGAGCUCUGAAACCUUUCAUUUUCAGAUAUUCCUUCAGUUGAGCUUCCACCCUUGUUUUUCUGAGAAGUAGAGAGAGGGACGAUGGCCAUUUUCUCGACCGAUAAACCCUGGGUUUUUGCUUUUGGCCUCUUAGGUAAUCUCAUAUCUUUCGUGGUCUUCUUGGCCCCAGUACCAACAUUUUAUAGGGUAUGCAAGAGGAAGUCAACCGAAGGGUUUCAAUCAGUUCCGUACGCGGUGUCUUUGUUCAGCGCCAUGCUCUGGAUAUACUACGCAACCCUCAACUCCGAGUCCAACAAUUUCCUUCUCAUCACUGUCAACUCAGUGGGAUGUGUCAUAGAGACCAUCUAUAUUGCUCUCUACCUUGCUUAUGCUCCUAAAAAAGCCAAGAUUUUUACACUGAAGUUGAUGGUGAUGAGCUUUGGAGGGUUUUGCUCCGUUCUUCUCUUGUCCCGCUUCUUACUAAAGGGAUCAACAAGGGUCCAACUUCUUGGGUGGCUUUGUGUUGGAUUCUCCAUCAUCGUUUUUGCAGCUCCUUUAAGUGUUAUGAGAAUGGUGAUACGCACCAAAAGCGUAGAGUUCAUGCCCUUCUCUCUCUCAUUUUUCCUCACGCUGAGUGCGGUAACUUGGCUCCUCUACGGUCUAUUCCUCAAGGACAUCCACGUUGCGGUUCCAAACAUAUUGGGGUUUAUCCUUGGAGUGCUUCAGAUGGGAUUGUAUCUGAUAUAUAGGAAGAGGAAUGUGAUGGUUUUGGAGGAACCCGGUUAUUUCAAUGGUGCAAAGCCGAUUGCCGGUACUCAAAGUUGCAAUAUCGCCUCUAAUGACAGCAUCAUCGAUGUUUAUGAUGUCAAAGAGAGGAAAGAUGAUGUACACAAGGGUGAGAAAAUCUUUGAAGCUUCCGAUAAUGGACCCGUGGUGAAUAAUUCAUGUGAAGUUUGACACGGGUUAAGUCGCUGCAUAUGCCUCCGCUGUUAUUUUUCUAGUAGCAAGUGAAGCUAAAUUUAGUUCGUUCUUCUCUGUUGUUACUGCACGCGUCUUAACUUGAAUGUGCAAGUGGCGAUUAAGAGCGCGCGCAUAAAUGCUCCAGAAAUGCAAUGUUUUGUCUAGCAAUUAUAAUCUUUCUGGUCUCUUUCCUCUCGUAAA